CAUGGUUGCUCUGGUCGAUGAUCUCCAGCGGGCUAGGGACAAAGGAAAAUGCUGCUUGUUUUGCCUUCAGAGCUCCUCAGAAAGGAUGAAAGUGUCUGAUCCUGCAAACAUAGCGAAGAUGGAAGGAGGAAGAUGGACGGUUGACCUGGUCAGGCUGUCUCCCACCACCUUUGAAUGUUCCCUCCCAGGACCCUCAGAGAGAUCUGGAGAUAUUUGGGGGAUCCUGACUGAAGACGAACCAUCAGAAGUGGCACCCGAAAGACCUGAGGAACAGAAGAUACAACAGAAACUGUGGGUUCAAUUUGGAACCUACGGAAAGGAGGGGACCCAAAUGCAGAAGGUGGGGAGGGAAUCCCCUGCUCCUCAGGUUAAUGAAAAUCAAAUUCACAGAGAGAAGCAUGAAUGUACUGUGUGUGGGAAGAGAUUUCCUUAUCGCUCAACUUUUAUUUCACAUCGAAGAGUGCACUCGGGUGAAAAACCAUAUAAAUGCUGGGAGUGUGGAAAAAUCUUCCGUCGGCGUGACUACCUUAAUCUGCAUCAAAGAACACAUACAGGAGAAAAACCUUAUAAAUGCUGGGAGUGUGGAAAAAGCUUCCGUCAGAGUAGUCACCUUACUUCGCAUGAAGGAACUCAUACAGGGGACAAACCUCAUAAAUGCUGGGAGUGUGGAAAGAGCUUCCGUCAGAGUGGUGGUCUUACUUUGCAUCAAAGAACUCAUACAGGUGAGAAACCUCAUCAGUGCUUUGAGUGCGGAAAGAGCUUCAGAAAUAGUAGCUCCCUUAGUAGGCAUCACGCAAUCCACACAGGGGACAAACCGUAUGAAUGCUUGAAGCAUGGAAAGAGCUUCCCUCAGAGGAGCAUUCUCACUAAACAUAAAAUAACGCAUGCAGGUGAAAAACCAUACAAAUGUUUGGACUGUGGGGAGAGCUUCAGGUACAGUGACUCCCUCACGAAGCAUCACAGAAUUCAUACAGGGGACAAACCUUAUGAGUGUUUGGAGUGUGGAAAGAGCUUCAGUCGCAAAGACUCCCUUACUUUGCAUGAAAGAAGUCACACAGGAGAAAAACCUUAUAAGUGUUUGGAAUGUGACAAGAGCUUCAUUCGUAGUAGCCACCUCUCAAGACAUAAAAGAACUCACACAGGGGAUAAACCUUAUAAAUGCUGCGAGUGUGGAAUGAGCUUUAGUGACAGUGGCACCCUUACUAAACAUCACAGAACUCACACAGGGGAAAAACCUUAUAAGUGUUUGGAAUGCGGAAAGAGCUUCUAUCAGAGUCGGCAACUCACUAGCCAUCAAAGAACCCAUACAGGGGAUAAACCUUAUAGAUGCUGGGAGUGCGGAAAGAGCUUUAGUGACAGUGGCCACCUCACAAGACAUAAAAGAACUCACACAGGGGAUAAACCUUAUAGAUGCUUUGAGUGUGGAAUGAGCUUUAGUCACAGUGAAACCCUGACUAAACAUCACAGACUCACAUGGGAAAAACCUUAUAAGUGUUUAGAAUGUGGAAAGAGCUUCUAUUGCAGCAGCCACCUUACUAAACAUCAAAGAAUUCAUACAGGGGACGAAUCUUACGAAUGUUUGCAGUGUGGGAAGAGCUUUUGUCACAGUAAACACCUUACUCUGCAUCAAAGAAUUCAUACAGGCGAGAAACCUCAUAAAUGCAGGGAGUGUGGAAAGAGCUUCAGGCACAGAGACUCCCUCACUAGGCAUCAAAGAAUUCAUACUGGGGAGAAACCUUAUAAAUGUUUGGAAUGUGGAAAGAGCUUUAUUCAGUGUAGCGUGCUCACAAGACAUAAAAGAACGCAUACAGGGGAUAAACCUUAUAGAUGCUGGGAGUGUGGAAAGAGCUUUAGUGACAAUGGCACCCUUACUCGCCAUCAAAGAACUCACACAGAGGACAAACCUUAUAGAUGUUUGGAGUGCGGAAAGAACUUCAGCCGCAUAAAGUCCCUUACUUUUCAUAAAAGAAGACAUGCAGGGAGAAAAGCAUAUGAAUGCUCGGAAUGUGGAAAGAGCUUUAGUGUGUGUAGCCAGCUCAAAAGACACAUGAGAAUCCAUACAGGGGAGAAACCUUAUAAAUGUUUGGAGUGUGGAAAGAGUUUCAGCCGGAGUGGCCACCUUUUGCAACAUCGAGGAACUCAUACAGGGGAAAAACCUUAUAAAUGCUUGGCGUGUGACAAGCGUUUUAGUCAGAGUGUUCACCUUACUCAGCAUCUAAAAACUCAUACAGGGGAAAAACCUUAUAAGUGUUCAGAGUGUGAAAAGAGUUUCAGUCAGAAUAGUCACCUCACCAUACAUAAAAGAACACAUACAGGGGAGAAACCUUAUAGAUGUUUGGAGUGCGGAAAGAGCUUCACAGUCAGUUCGUCCCUUUCUAAGCAUCAAAGAAUUCAUACAGGGGAGAAACCUUAUGAAUGUUUGGUGUGUGGAAAGAACUUCAGUCGCUUAGAUUCCCUUACUUUUCACAAAAAAAGGCAUACAGGGGAGAAACCUUAUAAAUGUUGGGAGUGUGGAAAGAACUUCAGUGGCUCCCUUACUCAGCAUCUAAGAACUCAUACAGGGGAAAAACCUUAUAGAUGUUUGGAGUGUGACAAGACUUUUAGUCAGAGUGGUCACCUUACUCAACAUCUAAGAACUCAUACCGGGGAGAAACCUUAUAAGUGCUCAGUGUGUGAAAAGAGCUUCAGUGGCUCCCUUACUCAGCAUCUAAGAACUCAUACAGGGGAAAAACCUUAUAAAUGUUUGAAGUGUGAGAAGAGUUUUAGUCAGAGUGGUCAACUUACUCAACAUCUGAGAACUCAUACCGGGGAGAAACCUUAUAAUUGCUUGGAGUGUGGCAAGAACUUCACCUACAGAUAUUCCCUUAACUCACAUCAAAUAAUCCAUAGAAGUGAAAUAUCUUAAGCUUGGAAGGUAGACAAAUAUAUAGUGAUCUCAAGAGCUCCUAAGCGAGCAAACCAAAGAGUCUACUCAGUGUUAGAAUCCCCUUCCUUAUCUCCAGUUUUUACAAUAGACUACAGUAGACCUUUGGAGCCCAAUAUGCCUUCCAUUUUAGAGGAGAAAGGGGCUUUUGCUUUCAACCUGUUUUUUUCAGUAUGAAAGCAGAUUGUGGGCAUUCUUCUUUAAGCCAGUGUGAGGGAUGGGCAGGGGUUUGAGUGAUGGGUAGUGGAAGAUUUACAGGGAGGUUCAGUGCCACCCGUGAGGCAAGAGGUGGUCGUCGAGGAGAGCCAAACUGAAGGCAGGAGAGGGGCUGCAGGAAGUCUCCGAGGUGGAAGAGAAGGUCCCAGAAAGAGUCCUGCCAUUGGACUCUCCUCCAUCCCCUCACCCUGUCUCCACUUACAAUGGAGGGGCAUUAAGCAAUAGCAACAAGGACCGUCUCUUUCCAUAUGAAGAUACCUGGACCCUGAGGUCAUCUUCUGAGACCCUUCUUAAAGUGCUGCCUCCAUUGAGAGGCCUGGAGUGUGGCAACAUGAGAACGGGCCUUUUCUGAAGUGGCUCCCUGUCUCUGGAAUAUUUUCCUCAGGCAGGUCCACCUGGCGCCUAGGCACUAGGCAAAAGCCUUUCUCCUUAACCAGCUUUCUGGCUGAUUGACAUCUAAUGCCCUUUUAGAAUGUGGGGUGUUUUUUGGAGGGGGGUUGUUUUUGUUAUGAUUAUAUAUUUCACAUUUUUGGGUUGUGAUUGUAUCCUGAGUUCCUCCCAUGGCUGGAAAGGGGUUCAUUUAACCUUCCGUUUGCUAGUAAAACUGAAUUACUUUGUCACAAAAUGACAUAUGUCUAGAAAUCAUUUCACCAACAUGAAAAGUUUGGAAAGCUCAGUGUUAGUAGAAGAACCUGAGGUCUCUUGUGAGUCUGUGCAUUGGUAUAUGGUGGCCCCUGUUAGUCCACCAUAUUUUUUCUUUUAACAUUAGCAGAAGUGUUAAUUUAUCCCUUGCUGAUGUAACCUAGUUCUUUGCCAAUAGAGAAUUGAAUUUCCUGUUGUUUGUCCACAUUGGGCUGGGGCUCUGGGUUAUGAACAAAAAUUUAGUUAAUUAAUUAACACCUUGGAAGAGACCUUGCUUUUGAAUCUUGUAUGUAUAAAAUUUUAUUGUUCCAUAUUUUUGCUUAGUUCCAGGUGGGGUUGCCUACUUCCCCAUUUCAGUUUCCAAGCCUUUUUUUAUCUGCAUCUUACCUAUAGGCUCUGAUAUUUAUCUCUCAUCUCUUCUGAAAUUACAUAAUAAUAAUAAAAUAGAUUGAUUCCUUGUAGCGGCUAUGCUGCAGAUUGUUCUUCUGAGUAAAAUUUACAUAUCCAUGUUCUAAUUUAUUUUGUGCACGUAAUCAUUUGUUACAUACGCUGUUCCGUAUUUCACCCUUCCCCAAGAUUUAUUCAUGUGCUGUGAAUUUUCCUUUGAUGUAACCAGGCUGAUAUGCUUCAUAGAUGGAAAUGCUUUACCUGGUAAUCUGCUGACAUACAUUAUAUCUUUCCAAAGA